AUGACAGACAAGCCAUCUCCGCUGUCGACGCAAGCCGCUGUCUCCAGUCAGGCCAACCACCUCGCGCCCGUGGGCCCAACCGCUCCCGAUCAUGUCGCUCACAAGAUCGAGGCGCCAGAGGAAGAGCCGUACACCAUAAAGUGUAUAUGCAACUUCUCCGACGACGAUGGAAACACAAUAUACUGCGAGACGUGCGACACGUGGCAGCACAUCGACUGCUUCUACCCCGAGAACAGGGAGGAGGCCAUUCGGGAGGACUUUUCUCAUUCCUGUGCCGACUGCCAGCCCCGACCGCUGAAUCGCCAAAAGGCCAUUGAACGCACCCUGCGGCUGAGGAGUUCAAUCUUGGAGCCGGAGAGCAUCGACAAAAAAUCGAAGCGACCUCCUUCUAAGAGCCACAAGAAGAAGAAGCUCAGCGAUGCUCAUUUCAAUGGAAAUCACGGGCCUUUGGAAGGCGGCAAGCACGGCCACAAUGCCGACCACCACCCUGCUCCCGCCAAAAAAUCAAAAACCUCUCAUCGACCCUCCUUGUCUGUGAGCUCCCAGCCUUCCAAGCGAAGCCCUUCUUAUGGAAACAACCGGACGAACCCCACACAUCCACCGAGCCCUGCCACCACUCCUCCCGACCUCCCUGACGAUUUUCAAAUUCACCACUACUCUGAGGGCUUCUGCUCUCUCUACAACGACGUACCCGACAUACAAAACAAUGGCUUUGCCAGUCUCGCCAUUCCUACCGCCUUGAUGCGAUGGCUGGAUUCGUCUUCUGCGCUGGAAAAGGAAGUUGGCCGAAGACGCUCCGAAAUCUUCCAAGAUGCGCUGCCUGCACUUGAGAGAAAACGUCCAAAGCUCGAAGUAAAGGAUGCCACUCAGUCGCUUGACAACGGCACUAUGCUCCGAUGGCGCUCUCUCAAGUCUACAUCCUCGAUCGAAAAGGAUGUGCCUCUCAUCGAAUUGAAUGGUGAGAUUGGCUUUCAAAAGGAUUACUGCGCCGAAGGCGAUAAUCUAUGGGCCGAUCUCUCAUCACCCCUCCCUUUUGUCUUCUUUCACCCCAUUCUACCGCUUUACAUUGACACGAGGAAAGAGGGCUCCAUAGCCCGCUUUGCUCGACGGAGCUGCAAGCCAAACGCUCAACUAGACACUUUCCUCACCGAUGGAUCAGAGUACCAUUUCUGGCUGGUCAGCGACCGGUACAUACCCCCCAACGAGCAGAUCACCCUGCCGUGGGACUUUCGUCUAGAGAAAAGCGUCUGCCAGCGCUGGCUACAUCUGCUGGGCCUCAGCGAUGAUGAUAGCGCGGUGCAGGACGAGUUUGAGCUAGACGAAUCCGAGUACACGGCCAUCUCUAACUGGAUUGACCGGAUACUGUCUGAAUAUGGAGGCUGUGCGUGCGAUCAGGAUAAUAACUGUGCCUUCGCCCGAUUCCAUCGACACUAUCUCUACGGCAAGAGCCAAUCUCGCAAUAAGAAAAGGUCGCGCAAAACAAAGGCUCAUACCAUCUCGCCCACCAGCACAGGCCAUGCCACAAAUAGCCGUGCCGCUAGUGAAGGUCACCUCGACGACCAGGCCGACCGCGAAGGCCGAGACGGAUCGGUUGCAGCGCGGAGUAAGCCCUCCAGCAGGGAUAGGACUCCGCUGCGUCAAGGCUCCUUUGAUCAACUAGGAAUAUUGACGGAGCCUACAGAUCGCGAUAAGCGCAAGGUAGCGAUGGUAGAAGACUCCUUCCGGCGUAUGGAGCAGGAACAGCAGCAACCGCCAAGGAAGAAGAAGAGGCUAUCAGACGGAACUACUGCGUCGACUUCUUCCAAAGCGAAAUCAAGGACUGGCUCUACCCCCCAUGUUGGAAGCUAUGCCGACGCAAGCACUACUUCUAGGAGCAAGUCCGGCUCUCCCGCCAGCUCGAGGUCGCCCAAUCUUGGGACUCAAUCCAAGUCGACAGCCUCACGCCGGGAGUCCUCAGAAACAGCCCACAGGCAAUCUUCGGUAUCACCUCGACCCGUCUACUGCGAUAUUGGUAUUCAGACCGACCCGGUAGAAGACGAAUGGUUCAGCGAGCUACGAGAUCUUCCAUGCCGCAAGAAGAAGAUCAUUCCGCUUUCCAAACGACUUCUCAACAGUCGGUACAAAGCACGCACUGAAGAGGAACGCAAGCGGUCGAUAUCAUCGCACCCUUCGAGCGUUGAUGCAAUGGACGUUGAUCCCACCGAAGCUGAACAGAAGCCAAACAUUUCAACUUCGGAGGGCGAAAUGCAAACUGAAACACAACACGUUCCGCUUUCUCCUGCUCCUACUAAAGAUAUUGAUACCGAACUGCCUGACGCGCCAUCUCCUUCUUCGCCUCGUUCUCAAGAAGCGCCAGCCCAUGUCAAAGAGGCUCAGGCUACCCCUAUGAAGACCAAGGCUCCGGAGUUAAGAGUCCAAAUGCCUACCACUCCCGCACUGGAUUCUUCAGCGACAGCUGUUCCAACGACCACUACACCUUUAUCUGCAACCAGCUCUGCCGUCCAAUCAGCAAUUAUCUCUAGCAGUCUGCCGAGUCCAUUUGGCUCAGCCGUCAACGGAGCAGUCGCCACUCCGAGUCCAAUCAAGAAAAAAUUAAGCCUUAGUGAUUACAAGAGCAGGAUGAACAAGGCUGCUGCAAAGCCUUCGCUCAGUCUCAUCUCUACCAAGUCCAGUCUUUCCGAGGCAGAUGAGAUCAAGUUGGAGAAUCCUAUUGAGCCAGCAACUAUCGAGAAGAUUGAGAGCGCAGUGGCCCCCUCCGCUCCGGCGGCAACCACUAACGGCCACUCAUAA